GGCUACAUCUUAUUCCAGUGCGCAGUGUUACCGGUGGAGAACAUCAGUGCAGGCAUCGAGAAUGCGGUAGAAUCGUCAUGUUUUAGGAUUAGUCUGGAAAGAGCUGUCUAAAGCUUAUCUUACAUAAUAACUAGUAACUCUUACCUCGGAUAUAUCUAUACUGCAGAUAUAGUCACUUAUUUUAGACUAACGGUGGCAAGGUUAUUCUCAUCCAAAUUAUAAAAGAUAAGAGAAAAUAAAGCUUGAAUAUGUCUGUGGUGGGUUUUGAUGUGGGUUUCCAGAACUGUUACAUCGCUGUUGCCAGGAGCGGCGGCAUUGAAACCAUUGCAAAUGAAUACAGUGACAGAUGCACUCCGGCUUGUAUUUCUUUGGCAUCUAAAAACAGAACCAUUGGAAAUGCCGCAAAGAGUCAGAUCAUAACGAACUUUAAGAACUCAGUCCAUGGCUUUAAGAAUUUUCAUGGCCGAGCAUUUGACGAUCACUUUGUUAAAAAUGAAAAAUCCAAGUUGCCUUACAGUCUUCACAAACUUGCCAAUGGUGGCACUGGAGUAAAGGUUCAUUACUUGGAAGAGGAUAAGGUUUUCACCAUUGAGCAGGUGACAGCCAUGUUGCUCACUAAGCUGAAAGAGACUUCUGAGAGUGCACUAAAGAAACCAGUGGUGGAUUGUGUGAUUUCUGUUCCUAGUUUCUUUACUGAUGCACAGCGAAGAUCGAUGAUAGAUGCUUCUCAGAUCGCUGGGCUGAACUGCUUGAAACUAAUCAAUGACACAACAGCAGUGGCAUUGGCCUAUGGAAUCUACAAGCAAGACUUACCAAACCCGGAAGAAAAGCCCCGUAAUGUUGUGUUUGUGGACAUUGGUCACUCAUCUUAUCAAGUGUCAAUUGUCUCAUUCAACAAGGGGAAAUUGAAGGUGUUGGCCACAGCAUUCGACCCAUAUUUUGGUGGGCGUAACUUUGAUGAAGCACUCGUUGAGUAUUUCUGCGAAGAGUUUAAAGGCCGUUAUAAGUUAAAUGUGAAGGACAACCCUCGAGCCCUGCUGAGGCUCUACCAAGAGUGUGAAAAGCUGAAAAAGCUCAUGAGUGCCAACUCCUCAGAGCUACCACUUAACAUUGAGUGCUUCAUGAAUGACAUUGAUGUUUCAGGGAAGAUGAAUAGGGGCCAUUUUGAGGAGCUCUGUACCCAGCUAUUGAUGAGAGUGGAAGCACCACUUAAAGCCGUCAUGGAACAAUCAAAGCUAGGCAGAGAUGAGAUCUAUGCGGUUGAGGUUGUUGGUGGUGCUACUAGGAUUCCAGCCAUUAAAGAGAGAAUCUCAAGGUUCUUCUGUAAAGACAUCAGUACCACCCUGAACGCAGAUGAAGCAGUGGCACGAGGAUGUGCACUACAGUGUGCAAUCUUGUCUCCAGCCUUUAAGGUCCGUGAGUUUUCUAUCACUGACGUGGUUCCCUUCCCAAUCACUCUUCGCUGGAAAUCUCCCACAGAUGAGGGUGUUUGUGAAUGUGAAGUGUACAGCAAGAACCAUGCAGCACCUUUCUCCAAAGUCAUCACUUUCCACAAGAAAGAGCCCUUUGAUCUGCAAGCGUUUUACAGCACUUCACAAGAUUUGCCGUUCCCAGACACCGCUAUAGGCCGUUUUACUAUUCAGAAUGUUAUGCCCCAGUCUGAUGGAGACAGUUCAAAGAUCAAAGUGAAAGUGCGUGUAAAUGUGCAUGGAAUCUUCAGUGUAUCCAGCGCCUCUCUGAUCGAGAAGCAGAAAGGCGAAGCGGAGGACAUGCAGAUGGAGAUGGAGCCCACAGUUCAGAAUGACAGCAGGCAAGAAGAGCAGACUAAAAUGCAAGUGGACCAAGACAGUCAAGGUGAGCAGCUCAAUGAAGAGGGGAAAGCACCAGGUUCAAAUACUAAGGAUGGUGCAUCUCCUGAAAACCAAGAACAGGGCGCAGGGUCGAGCAAAGCCAAGACAAAGGUCAAGAGUGUUGAGUUGCCCAUCCAUACCUGCACUGUCAGGCAGCUAGACAGAGACCUACUUAACAGCCUUGUGGAAGAGGAACGGAAAAUGAUAGUUCAGGAUAAGCUGGAGAAGGAGAGGAAUGAUGCCAAGAAUGCUGUGGAGGAGUAUGUGUAUGACCUGCGAGACAAACUGUGUGGCAUCUAUGAAAAGUACAUCACUGAGGAUGACAGCAGCAGACUCACUCUAGUGCUUGAGGAUACUGAGAACUGGCUGUAUGAGGACGGAGAAGACCAGUCAAAAGAGAUCUAUCUGGAUAAACUGGCUGAACUCAAAAGGUUUGGUGGGCCCAUUGAAGAGCGGUACAGGGAGCAGGAGGAAAGGCCACAAGCUUUUGAUGAGCUAGGCAAGAAAAUCCAGCUCUUCUUGAAGGUUUUGGAAGCAUUUAAGCAAAAGGAUGAACGUUAUGAACACUUGAGCGCUGAGGAGAUGAGCACCGUGGAGAAGAGUGUGAAUGAGGCCAUGAGCUGGAUGAACAGCAAGAUGCUCGCUCAGAGCAAACUCAGCAUCGCUCAGGAUCCUGCAGUGAAAGUAGCAGAGAUCAUACAGAAGAUUCAGGAGCUGGAGGAGAUUUGCAGUCCUGUGGUGAACCUACCCAAACCCAAAGUCGAGGAGUCAGCAGAAGACAUCACAGCUCACAAUGGUCCAGCAGGAGGACAUGGGGCUGAUGGCAAGAACAACCAGCAGACUAAGAACCAUGGAGAGAUGGAAGUGAACUGAACUGCUUAUCCAGCCUUGCUCUCAUUCUCACAGAAGACUCCGUCAAACCCAUGCAGCUGACUCCUAACCUGUAGCCAAUACCAGUCUGUCUCUGCCCACAACUCUGCUGGUUCUAGUUUGCACCUUUGCUUGUUAGUCUGAGUUCUGGUUUGUUUUUCUGUUGUAUUUAUUUCAUUUUGGAUUCAGUUUAUACUUUGAACGUUAUAUCUAUGUAUAAAAGUAGGCCCAGAGUGAGACAUACAUUGAUAGACUCAAAUAAAUUAGUUUCAGCUUAACAAUAAAACAGUGCUGCCACUCGGAACAAAUAUAUGUUAAGACAAUGUAAUCGCUGGAUUCUAAUCAAUUAAUCAAUCCCAAGUGCUGGCUGUGUCAAGAGAUCAAUUUUAUUGCACAGCAGCAAAAUAAAUAAAUAAAAUAUAAUAUGCAAUUAUAUAUAUGCAAUGAUUGAUAUAUAUUAGAGAGAGAGAGAUAGAUAUAGAAAGAGAGAGUGAGUAUAUAUUUCUAUAUGAAAUUCAAGUGUGUGUUGUCUAGGACUAUAAUAUAAUAUUAGUAUAAUAUAGUAAUUUUAAUUUAUCAAUCAAUAUAAGGGUAUAUAGGGGUCCCAUUGUUGAAAUGGCAAUGCUUCCAGCUCCAAGUUGUUAUUUAGAAAUAGAAUAUAAAGAGCUCUUUAUUCAAUUUACCUUUACUCAUUCAUUUCCCAAUAUCAAGUCCUGAGAUUUGGCGGUGGCAUCUAAUAAAGUCUUUAUGACCAAG